UUCAUUCUCUCCUUCCAGAUUCAUUGUGUGCAUGCAAAUCCGUGUGUUGAGAGAUUUAUUUUUAAGAAAUUGAAGAUUAGUUGCGUUAUUGAUUUGGAUUUCUGUUGCACUGCUUCUAAAUUUUUUUCUGGUGGAUUGGAAUUUUCAUCAGAAAUUAUUCUUCGAUUUUCUAUUGUUGCAGCUUUUUAAGGAGCAGAGCAUGAAACUGAGGUACAUCAACUUGUGACACAGAAAAGGCACAACAUAACAUUGUAAAGUAACAAGUCAAGGUAUGGCAGGGUGGGAGAAAGCCAAGAAGGAUGCCAUUUCUUUGAAGAAAGACCUCGACAAAGCGCUGCAUCAGAAAGCCGCUUCGGAAGAGAGAGUCAGCCACUUGGACGCGGCGCUCAAGGAAAGCACGCAGCAGCUACACCAUGUGCGAGAAGAUCAGGAGAGAAGAAUCCACGGAGCUAUGAUGAAGGCAUCGGAAGAGUUUGAGAAGAAACGGAUCGAUCUGCAAGGAAAGCUAGCAGAAGCUGGCAAGAGGAUCGCUCGAACAGAAGCUGAAAAUUCCCAACUCCGUAAUGCUCUAUCCUCGAAGGAGAAGGCCAUUGAAGAGUUGAGCAAGUAUAAAACUCAGCUCGAAGCUGAUCUGAAUGCCUUUGCACUGAGAGUAGAUUCCUCUGAGAAAGAAAAGGCUUCCCUCAGCUAUGAGGUUCGUGUUCUUGAGAAGGAACUUGACAUUCGGAACGAGGAGACAGAGUUCAAUCGCCGCACAGCAGAGAUAGCUCAGACACAACACCAUGAGAGCCUGAAGAAAGUUGCCAAAUUAGAGUCCGAGUGUCAAAGGCUGCGUCUCCUCGUGCGCAGACGGUUGCCUGGCCCUGCAGCCUUGACAAAAAUGAGGAAUGAAGUCAAAAUGCUUGGAAAGGAUCAAGCUGGAGCUAGAAGAAGAAGAUCGAAUUCUUUCAUGAUUACCUCCGCUGAUUAUCAUAUUGAUGAUGCAGCAGCUAAUACAAAGAUCAAUCUUCUGACGGAGCAGCUGCUUAGAUUGGAAGAACAGAACAGGAGUCUUCAGUAUGCACUUGACAAAAAAUCAAGCCAAUACCAGUUUUCCAGCAACAUGUAUGCUCAGGCAGCACCCGGGUCAUCACAGGGCGAUGCACAAGAGGAAGGAUCGUUCAAGAAGGAGCGGACUGAGCGGUCACUGGCAGCACUGUCUGAUUUGGGGAGUGAUGACAAAGCUAGCUGUGCAGAGUCUUGGGGUUCUACAUUAGUAUCAGAGCUCGAGCGUUUCAAAAAUGAGAGGCAGUUGGCCACACAAUCUAACGGGUACAUGGAAACUCCAGAGAUGAAUCUCAUGGAUGACUUUGCUGAGAUGGAAAAGUUGGCCAUAGUUAGUAUUGAUUAUCCAGCCACAAGCUCGCAUCAUUCCUCUGAGGAAGGCAAUGGUCCCCCAGAAGGGCGUUCCUUGCCAAUAAUUGCUAGUGACAUGGUUCCGGUUCAUAGCAAUGAAUCACAAACUUCAAUUUCAGACAAGGAUAUUCAAUCUGGAAACACUUCAGCCAAUAGAUUUCCGAAGAAGCUGGAUGACUUGCUGAAGAUGCUUCUUGAGUACUGUCAAACAUUGAAAAUAAGCCCUCAUGAAGUAUUGGAGGAUAUGAAGGUUGCUUUAGAGCAUGACAAUUCAGAUGCGGUAUAUUUUAACAAAAAAGGAAGUCAAAGCCAUCUUCAUGCAACGACACAUUCCCCAAAAGUAAGCAGGCAAGCCUCAAAUAAAUCUUGCAACCUAGAGGCUGAUACAGGAAUUGCCAGUCAUAUCUCAACCACAAAUAAGACAGAUCAGAUGGAGAGUAAUGUGGGCACUCAGAUAAGCAAGAUUCUUGAGCUACUUGAAGGGAUUAAUAUAUUACCUCGAGAUAAUGGUGCAGCAGAGGAUGAUAAGCGUUUACCAUACAAGAAUUUGGCAACGCCUACAGGCUACAUGGUCCGAGUGUUUCAAUGGAAAUCAGCUGAGCUAUCUGAAGUUCUAGAACAGAUUUUCCAAACUUGCAAUGAAUUGCAGAAAGGAAAAGCCAAUCUUGAUCAAUUUGUGCAAAUUGUAGCUUCUAGUUUGGACUGGUUGGUGAACCAUUGCUUUUCCCUUCAAGAUGUUUCGAGCAUGAAGGAUGCCAUGAGGAGUCGUCUGGAGUGGGAUGAAUCAAGAAGUGAGAGUGACUUUGAUAGUGGAUCAGCUAAUCACUCUACUGGGUCUAAUAGAGUGAGCACCCAAAGAGAAGAUGCUAAAAAGUUGACUGUCGAACUAGAAAAUACAUAUUUGUCAACUAUUGAUUUUGAAGGGAGGGCUCAGUCACCAAUUUUCAAGGCUGAAGCUUUCAAGAAUCAACCCAAGAAGGAAACAGCAUUGCAGUCUAUGGGCAAUAUUGAAGAUCAAAUAAAAAAUCUGAACAUGACAGAGGUCCAGGAGACCAAGUUCAUGGACACUAACCAUGAACAGAGAAAUGCUUGCAUAAAAAUAUCAUGUCUGAAGAAUGAUCCGGAAGAUAAGAGUAACUCUGUUAAGAGACAGGAAGAGACAUGCAGUAACCAAGAGACACAGCCAAAAAGCAUGAGAAGCAACGGAGUUCAGGAUGAUGGAAAGCCCUGUGAAAAACAACUCAGAGAUGAUUGGGAGAUUAGUGCAGCUUCCGAGAAAUUGGCAGAGUGUCAAGAAACUAUCCUCAAUCUUGGAAAGCAAUUGAAGGCAUUGGCUUCACCAAGGGAUGCAGCUAUUUUUGAUACUGUUGUGUACACACCUGCUGACUAUGUAAUUACCAGCACACCAACUUCCAAAAGAAUCCUUAGCAAAAGAUUGUCUCUACUAGAUAAUAUGCUAGCAGAAGACGGUGACAAAAAUGGUGCUUCUCCAACAACCACAGAUCAUAUUCAAAAUGGAAACACCGGUUCCAUUGUAAGUACUAAUGCCGCAUCAGAGUCGUGGAGCAAGUUUACUGAUUCGGAUGGUAUCACAGGCAAGGUAAACACAAAAGAAAAAGUUUCCAUGGCUAUCGUCCCUCGCAAGAAAAAAGAGGGACGAAACUUUUUAAAGAAGUUGUUUUUGUGGCAAAAGAAAGGCGACAGAAAGAAAGCACUCUUCUCUUAAUCCGCAAUGUCACAAUGGAGCUCAAAACGGAUUUCUAUUCCUGCUGUAUUAUUCUUCUACUGCCUAUAUAGAGGGUGAAGUCUUAACAAAGGCUUGAUUAUUUUUGUAUAUCUUGCUGUAAAUUUAGCCACUAGAUGGAUUAUUGCAUAUAAAGAACUCAAAAUAAAGAUGGGAGUGAAGAGAGGAGGAUAAGAAUACCCAUAUUCGAGUGCUGCCACUGCUGGGAAUUUUUCUUCAA